AUGGAGACUAGCGCUGGCCAUCAGAAUGAGCAAGCUCUCUUUGUGUUUACUGCCACCAUGCCAAGCAUGCGCUGGCAAGAGUUAGUGCAACUGCAUGGAUGCGUGCAAGAAGUGCCCUACCUGCAUCCUCCGGAACGGAGACCAUCUCAAGGCAUUCCGCCGCCGUUGCUGCAGGAUCCCUUCAGACCAGGAUUUUUGGGCGAUCGUCCCAUUUGGUGGAUGCCAGAAGGAGGCCUCCUGGGACCACGGCAUCCUGCGUGGGGCCAGGUGGCACCAGGCAGAUCCGGAGGCAUGAUGCCAAGAUUUGAUGUGAUUGGGCCGGGCGAGCCGGAUCCAGACCACUUCGUGCCUGGUGGAGUUCCAGGAUUCCCAGGUUCAGGGCUUCCUACCUUCCACGGUGGACGGCCCGGCGGAUCUGGAUCGGGGAUGGACCCCGAUGGAAUCUUCUUCAUGUGA